CAACCGUCGUAAAACUUACAUGAGAAGAAGAAGAAGAAGACGAAGACGACAGCCUCCGGUUGUGCUUCUGCCGUAAAGCAGGACGUGUGGAGUCGGAGGAAGGUUAAAGUGAAUCACACAAAAACGCAUCAUGCCGUUCGUGGACAUCCAGUCGCGGCUCGGCAUCAGCAUUGACCACUGGCUUCUGGUGCAGAGCACCAAGCAGCCGUACAAGCGGGCGUCUCGCUGCCACGCCUUCGAGAAGGAGUGGAUCGAGUGUUCCCACGGCAUCGGGCUGACGCGCGCCAAGAAGGAGUGCCAGGUGGAGUUCGAGGACUUCUACGAGUGCAUGCACCGGCAUAAGACGCACGAGAGGCUGUCCGCGAUCCGUCAGCAGCGCGACAAGAUGGUGAAGGCGGGAACCUACACGCCGCCGCCCUGCCACUCGGCCACACAGGAGCAGACGCCCUGAAGGGAGCAGCUCCGUUCUUGUGUAUAGUAAAUCAGAUGUCACCUAUUCCCUGUUCACCUGCAAGUUUGCAAAUAAAUGUUAUCAUCCAGUG